AUGUUGCUCAUCGAUAAAAUUGCCAUAACAAAAAUUAAUAUUAGUGAAUUUGGUGACGGUGAAGAAUUCCCGCCAGCCAUCAAACCAUCCCAAUCCUUACCAUCGUAUCAGUCGUCUACAUUCAUCGUGUGGAUUAGAAUUAGACAAGAAAGAAUGCGAUUACUAUUAGCCUUUACUUUGGUGGCGGCUGUCACAGCUGAUGUGUCCCACCUUUUCUCGCAUAGCGAUAACCUUCAGGAUGAUGGAUAUCACUACAAUAAACCAAGCGGUGGAGCAAUUGUAGAUAUCCCGGCUUCCCAUAGACACUCUGCUUCAGCUCCAUCUCAAUCAUAUUCAGGAGCCUCAGGCUAUCAAGGUGCUGCAUCUUAUCACUCUAGCUCAUCUUUUAGCGCUGGAGGAGCUCCUGCAGCCUCAUAUGGAUCGGUUGGGUCUAGUGGCUCUUCUUAUCAAGCAGCUUCAGCGCCUGCUGCUGUUUACUCAAGUGGCUCAUCUUACCAAUCGGCCUCAGCUCCUGCUGCAUCUGGAUCAUAUUCGGGUAGUUCAACAUACUACGCAGGAGCAGCAUCAGCUCCAGCAUCUUCUUACUCAAGCGGCCCCUCCUAUCAAACAUCUUCAGGCACAACACAUGGUUCUAAGUACCAAGCUGCCUCAGCUCCAGCAGCUUCUUAUUCACAUAGUUCGAAUUAUCAAUCCGCUUCAGCACCUGCUUCAUCUUAUUCUACUGCUUCUACCCACCAUGCAGCUCCCUCUGCAUCGUCUUAUCAAGCAGUUUCAGCACCCGCAACUUCUUAUUCACAAGGCGGGUCUCACCAAGCUACUUCUUCUUAUCAUGCCGCUUCUGCUCCUGUCGCCUCGUAUGGGUCAUCUUAUCAAUCUGCUUCUGCUCCCACCGAUUCCUAUUCACAUAGCUCGAGUCAUCAAGCCGCGUCAGCUCCAGUUGCAUCCUAUUCCGGCAGUUCAUCUAAUCGAGUUUCUUCAAAUAUUGGUGGUGCUGGUUCUUUCGCCAGCUCAUCUUCUUCUGCUUCAGUUUCGUCCCGUUUCGGUGCUGGCGCAAAAGAUGAAAGUGGAUACCAUUAUGAGACUCCCAAAACCCCAUUUGAAAGUCGACCGGAACCUGUAAAAGAAUAUUUACCACCACCAGCACCAAAAAGGCCUCCACCUCCACCGCCGCCAGCACCCAAACGUCCUCCACCACCUCCGCCAGCACCUAAACGUCCACCACCACCUCCACCACCACCACCACCAUCUCCACCAAAAGAAUAUCUGCCACCCGCACCAACAAAUAAACCAGCUCCCCCCGCGCGCCCUCCACCACCACCUCCACCAGCUCCAAAACGUCCACCUCCCUCACCACCAAAAGAGUAUCUCCCUCCACCACCAACAAAUAAACCAGCACCACCAGCGCGUCCUCCACCACCACCAUCACCACCAAAAGAAUAUCUUCCACCAUCCUCUGGACCGAAAGGAUACACUUAUCCUAAUGAUCCACAGCCACCUUUCACUUCCUAA